GUGGCCGGCAGCUUCCCCGCUGCGAGCCCCGCCGCCCGUCAGCUCGGCCGGAGCCCGGGGCGGCUCGGGAAGCAGCAGCGCCCCGGGGCGGGCGGGUGGCCCGGGCGGAGAAGCCUCCCCUGGAGCAGCUCUAGCGGGAGGGCUCGCUGCUGGGGAGCGGCGGCUGCGGCAGCGUUUACACCGGGAGCCGGCUCGCCGACGGCGCCCCGCACGACGGCGCCCUUGUGCCCCCGGAGCUGGUGCUGCACUGGAUGGUGUCGUGCCCUGGCUUGGGCGGCGUCGUGCGGCUCCUGGAUGGGUUGGAGCUGCCCGACGGCUUCGCGCUGGUCCUGGAGCGUGCGGAGCGAUGCCGGGACCUGUGGCACUUGCUGGAGGCGGGCGGGUUCCUGCCAGAGCCCGUGGCGCGGGGGCUGUUCCGCCAGGUGCUGCAGGCCGUGCGACACCGCACCAGCCGCGGCGUCCUGCACCGCCGCAUCAAGGCCGAGAACGUCCUCGUUGACCUGGCCAGCGGCGAGGCGAAGCUCAUGGGCUUGGGCUGUGGCACGAUCCUUCAGGACACCUUCUACACCUGGAUGGCGGGAAGGCGAGAGUACUACCUACUGGAGUGGAUCCUCUUGGGCUGCUGCCAUGGCCAGCCAGCCACCAUCUGGUCCCUGGGCACCCUGCUCUAUCAGCUGGUGUGGAGGCACCUUUCAAAUCCGGAGAGGACAUCGUGCGGGACCAACUCUUCUUCCCGCCCCAGGUGUCUCAAGAGUGCCAGCACCUCAUCAGGUGGUGUUUAUGCAUGGAGCCUGCAGACAGGCCAUGCCCGGAAGACCUUGUAGAGCAUUCUUG